AUGCUGGUCAAAGAUGACGAUAAUGUGGUUGAUGAUGAUGGGGAUGACGAUGACGAUGGCGAUGACAAUGACGAUGAUGAUGACGAUGACGAUGACGACGAUGAAGAUGAUGACGAUGAUGAUGACGAUGACGACGAUGAAGACGACGUUGUUGAUAAUGUUAAUGAUAUUGGUAUUGAUGUUGAUAGUGAUAUACCUAAAGUUCUCUGGGUUUCUUGA